AUGUGGAAUGGCUGCCGGUUUGAACGGCAGCAGCAGGCACCACAUGUUGUUACCUUGAAUUGCCAGCAGGUGGUGCUAUCUCAGCUGCUCGCCCCAGAGGGGGUUGGGCCGGAUAGGAACCGGGCUGAGGCCGGAGGAGAUACAGGCCUGCCUCAGGGCACACGGGAGGACCCAGUCGCAGGAGAGCUAUGCAAUGGAGGAUCAGUGACUGAUCUUGUGAAAGGAUUUCUGAAGAGGGGAGAAAGAAUGAGUGAACCUAUAAUUGCCUACAUUUUACAUGAAGCACUAAUGGGACUUCAACACUUACAUAACAACAAAACUAUCCACCGAGAUAUAAAAGGAAAUAAUAUUCUGUUGACCACUGAGGGCGGAGUUAAACUAGUAGAUUUCGGUGUGUCUGCACAGCUUACCAGCACCCGGCACCGUCGGAAUACAUCUGUAGGAACACCAUUUUGGAUGGCUCCUGAGGUGAUUGCAUGUGAACAACAAUUGGAUACCACUUAUGAUGCCAGAUGUGACACUUGGUCCUUGGGUAUUACAGCCAUUGAGUUGGGUGAUGGAGAUCCUCCACUAGCCGACCUGCAUCCCAUGAGAGCACUCUUCAAAAUACCAAGGAAUCCACCCCCCAAACUAAGGCAACCUGAGCUAUGGUCGGCAGAAUUCAAUGACUUCAUUAGCAAGUGCUUGACUAAAGAUUAUGAAAAGCGUCCAACAGUGUCAGAUCUUUUACAGCAUAAAUUCAUUACACAAAUUGAGGGCAAAGAUGUGGUGUUACAAAAACAACUAAUGAAAUUCAUUGGCAUUCAUCAGUGCAUGGGAGGCACAGAAAAGGCCAGACAUGAACGUAUUCAUACCAAGAAAGGUAACUUCAACAGAUCUCUAAUAAUUUCCAGUCUGAAGAAUGUUGAUGAUUUAGCAACUCUAGAAGUUUUGGAUGAGAAUACAGUCUCAGAACAACUUGAGAAGUGUUACUCCAGAGAUCAGAUCUAUAUCUAUGUGGGAGAUAUACUCAUUGCUCUUAACCCUUUUCAGAAUCUGACUCUUUAUUCCACAGAGCAUUCCAAACUGUAUAUUGGAGCAAAAAGAACUGCCAAUCCUCCUCACAUUUUUGCAGUGGCUGACUUAGGAUAUCAAUCUAUGAUAACAUAUAAUUCAGAUCAGUGCAUUGUUAUUUCUGGAGAAAGUGGUGCUGGAAAGACUGAAAGUGCUCAUCUUUUAGUUCAGCAGCUCACGGUGCUUGGAAAGGCUAAUAACAGAACGCUGCAAGAGAAGAUUUUACAAGUAAACAAUUUAGUAGAAGCCUUUGGAAAUGCCUGCACUAUUAUAAAUGACAAUUCCAGCCGAUUUGGAAAAUACUUAGAAAUGAAAUUUACCUCUUCUGGAGCUGUAGUGGGAGCACAGAUUUUUGAAUAUCUUCUGGAAAAAUCCCGAGUUAUCCAUCAAGCUAUUGGAGAAAAAAAUUUUCAUAUUUUUUACUACAUCUAUGCUGGUUUAGCUGAAAAGAAGAAACUAGCCCAUUACAAAUUGCCUGAAAAUAAGCCUCCCAGGUACCUGCAAAAUGACCACCUCAGAACAGUGCAGGACAUGAUGAAUAAUAGUUUCUAUAAAUCCCAAUAUGAAUUAAUUGAACAAUGUUUCAAAGUCAUAGGUUUUACAAUGGAGACCUUCUCUAACCUGGCUGUCACUCAUGCCACAUCUUGGGCCUAUGGAGACAAGCUGAUUAGGUACCCACAGUGUCCUGGCUCUUAA